CUCUGGAAAUUUUCUAUAAUACAUACUCUCCUCUCUCCCAAAAUCUCUGCCCAUUACUGAAAAGCCCAUCAUUUUAUCAACACCCCCACCAAACCGACCAUGCAAGUCGUCUCUGCAUCUCUCAUAACACCACCACCCUCGCCACCCUUCUUCCACCGCUCCUCCACCGUCGUCUUCCACAAGCUCAGGCCAAUUUCAGCCAUUUCCCCAUCAUGGCUCUGCCGUCGGGUUGCGGCGGCAGCGCCAAGAUGUGUUAGUCAGGGUGGUUGGGGGGGCUCUGUGGCGGAGCCGGAGAUAGAAGAGUGGCUGAAGCUAGGGAGGUUGGAGGAGAAGUGUGGCGGAGGGGGGAAGGGAGUGGUGGAGCUGCUUGAAUGUUUGGAAAGAGAAGCCAUUAUGGGGGAAGAUGAAGGUAGAGAGCCUACAGAUUAUAAUAGGAGGGCUAAGAUUUUCAGUACCAGUUCUGAAGUGUUUCAAGCUCUCAAGCAACAUUCUGAUGCUGCUCCUGAUCCCCCACCAGGCUUGAAUCUUGAUGGUUCAUCCCAAUAAAAAGAGAGGAAAACAAGAAGAAGAAGAAGAAGGAUGAACAUUUUUCAUAUCAUAUCAAGUCUUAUUAGAGUUACCAACUUACUUGACAUCAGAGGUAUUACAGUCCUUUGUAACACUUUCUAUCUUAUUCAUCACUUUGCACCUUGUCUUCUGCUUUUUCCUCCACCUCCCAAAUCUUCUUCUUCAACCAGUCAAAUGGCUGCAAGUUUUUCAGUUUCAAGCAGAGAAUAAAAGUAGUAAUGAUCAUGAACAAACAGAAUGCUGGUAGAAGAGUCGGUGAAGUUUAAGACCAAUACCUGUACAAGCCAAAGGGCAGUGGCUGUGCCUGCAACACUCCAUAGCACAGCAGCUUCGAUGUUGAUGGGAUGCAGGCGGUUCCGGAGCUUUGGGCUGAAGAACUUCAACAAACCCUUCUCACCUGUCAUCAUUUCUUUUAUGUUUCUGUAUCUCUUACUUAGCUCAAAAGGAGCCAUACAUGUACCGAUCUAAAUGACAUGAAUCUUUGUAUGUUCUCGCCA